CUCAUUCGUUCUUCAAGACUACCACACAUCACGUCGUCCACACAGCCUCAACUUCAAAACAUAUCGGAAAUACGGAGGAAGAGGGGUAUGGCUGGGAAUAUCGACGGCUAACAGCCACUUAACAUGCCAAGGAGUAAAAUCAUCCUCUCUGAGCCGUGCGGGACUGAUUGGUCCAGGUCCUGUCCAUCCAGUGAAUCUAGUGGCUGUUGGGCCUGUGAGCUGAUUGAGGGGUCUCUGAGCUGUGGAUUGCAUCAUUAUUGAACAAUAGCAGUGGGAAUCAAAGCUCUCCCUCCUCUUCCUCCACCUCCUCCCCCAUUUAUUUUUCUCUCAGCCUGACUCUCCAGUGAAAUCCUCCCCCUAACAAAACACAGUCACCCACACACAUGCAAAUGUCUGACCACUCCUCCCACGCUGGUCAUGGUCCACUCCCCCGUCUCUCCAGUCAGUCAGGCAGUGAGUCCAUGGAUGCAGAGUAAUCCUCUGUAAAGUAUAGGACCUAUACGUUUGCAUAUGUUCCCUUUUGUCAUGGCGGUUGUUGUUGUUGCAGAGGCCUCCCUCAGGAGGGAACAUGAGGGAGAACAGAAGGCAGCAUAAAGCUCACAAAGGGAGGAAGAGAAAAAGCGAGAGAGUGAGUGAGAGACACUGACUCUGCCAUCUAUUUGACCGGAGGAGAAUGAGCUUCACAGAGCAAUGGAUGGAAUUCAGUGGUGGUGAAACUACAUGAUGUGGGACUGGUAUUACUGUCCCACGCCAAUCAGGAAUUGGACCAACAGUCAAUUUUGGAGAUAUCUGCCACAUAGAGUUUUGGAAUUUUAAUAUUUUGGAAUAUUUUUCUGCUUUGCCUCUCCUUGGUGGUCUCUUUACAUUACAGCCUACCAAAAGUGCCUUUUUUGUGUUACUAUUUUUUUUUUCUCAUCUUUUUUCAUAUUCCAAUUCCAUAUUUCCACAAACUAUUGCUAGUAACUUUACAUACAGUAACCAUCACAUUAAAUGUGCAUUGCAAUAUUUCAACACUAGCCUCCAUCAAAACACACUUGACAAUCAUCACCUUACUGAAUUUUAUUUCUGCUCGGGGUGAGCGUAUUUAACCUCGGUGUCAAAGUACUGAGAGUCAGGUUACUCAAGACUAGUGUGACUUUCUUCACUGCCUCCUGUGGAUCUCUGUUUUUUGACGACAUAGAGCUGUCGCCAUGGUCGCUUUCCAAUCCAAAUGGCGCUACCUUUUCAUGUUUCUGGGUAUCCAGCUGGUGGUCAUGGCGCUGCUCUCCCGAGAGGGAUAUCAGAAGAGGGUCACCUACUUCAUCCGCAUCUUCCGCAAGCCUGACGGCACUGGUUUUUCAGGCCGCAAUCACACAGCAACCGGCAUCACUGGAGGGGACGUAUAUGCCAACCUCUCCCACCUAUCCAAAGCUCAUAGCCAUCGAGACGACAUGCCCUACUGCCCUAAGACGUCCCCUUUUGUAGGUGGGCCACUCCAUGUCAGCUUUCCAUCAGGGCUCACCCUAGCAGAGGUUCAAAGGAAAAAUCCACUUGUGGUACGUGGAGGACGCUACAGGCCACCUGACUGUGAGGCCAGGCACCGAACAGCCAUCGUCAUUCCCCACAGACACAGAGAACACCACUUAAAGUUCCUGCUUUACUACCUACAUCCGUUUCUGCAGCGCCAGCAGCUCAACUAUGGAAUUUACGUGAUUCAUCAGGCUGGAAACUACACUUUUAACAGAGCCAAGCUGAUGAAUGCGGGUUUCCGGGAGGCCAUGAGAGAGGAAGACUGGGACUGUCUCUUCUUCCAUGAUGUGGACCUCAUUCCAGAGGACGAUCGCAACACAUACGUCUGUGACUCCAACCCUAAGCACGCAGCCAUUGCCAUGGACAAGUUUGGCUACAAGCUUCCGUACAAGAUGUACUUUGGAGGAGUGUCAGCUCUGUCACCACUGCACUACCUCAAAAUGAAUGGCUUUCCCAACAACUACUGGGGCUGGGGAGGAGAGGACGAUGAUAUUGGAGUCAGGGUGUCUCUGGCAGGGAUGUAUAUCACUCGGCCAUCACUGAAGGUUGGCCGUUACAAGAUGAUUAAACACAAGCUGGACAAAGGAAAUGAUGUGAACCCAAAGAGGUUCAACAUGCUGGCCAAGACACGUCAAACCUGGAAGAUGGAUGGGAUGAACACGGCUGAAUACGAGAUAAUCUCAAGGCAAUAUCUGCCCCUCUACACCAACAUCACUGUCUACAUCGGCACUGAGGCCGGUCUACAUCCCCCAACACCACCUCCUCCUCCUGCCAAAGCUGCAGGCAAACCUGCUGCCGAAGUCCCAAUAAAGGGCCCAGCCAACCCCCCUGCCAAAAUGAAAAAGGGCCUCUCAGAGAAAGAGUCUGCCCUGAACAACCACUAAUCAUGUCUCUCUUUGCCAUUACUUCAAUAGGAUAAUAGGAUGCUGUAGGAUGGUGUGUUUUCCUCUCACUGGCCUGGAGUUUUUCGCUAAUUUUCGCUCAGAUUUUUCGUCUGUUUGUGGAGGACUUAGUUUGUGGAGAAACAACAUCAAGUUGCCCGCAGACAGUCAGGCAGCCAUUUCUGUGAUAAACACACCUGGUUUAUUAAAACAAUAGACAUGACUUUAUCAACCCUUAGGUGGCGUUCCACCUUGGUUCCUACGAUCCUGUGAUAUCACUGAUUAUUCUUCCAAGGGAGCCACAGCAAAGAGAGAAGGCUAAAAGUUGGACUCUAUGAGUUUAUAUAUCUACAGCACUGUGGUCGCUGGUUAAACCUUGUGAUGCCUUAGAAUCUUGUUUUCUUUUUUGUCUCUUCAUUUGUAAUUUACAUGAUUUAGAAUACUGGGCCUAAUGGAGCAGUACCUGCAAUUCCCAGCAGUCACACUGUGCCAUGAAAGAGUUGGACUAAUUUUUUUUUUUUUUGUCUCAAAACCAAUGAAUACAUGAAUGAAAGUGUGUUUCCAAGUGCGUAAAGCUGCUACAGUGAGUACUAAAUGAAAGAACUUGUAUUACUGGUAUCCCUAUUACCGCUUUUGACACAACAGUGCACAUAUCCAUGUAUCUGUCUGCAAAUUUCUGGGCCCUGGUUUAGAAAGGGUUCCUAAACAGAGACGCUGCUCUACUUCAGUAUGGCUUGUACAUGAAAAUAUAGGCUAAAGAUCUCAUGUUUUUAAAGCUAUGGAUGCUGCACACAUAAUUUUGCCUUUUGUCAUAUUCAGUAGGAUUGAACGAAGUGGAAAACAUUUUUGGUUCUGUACACCAAGGCCAAGGUACAGUUCUGUGUAGUUUUUAUCUUGGCAGUAGUCGGUGCAUUCAUUUCAGCCUUUCAGAUCAUUUACUUAUAUUUCAGCAUAUCAUUUUUUUGUGUGUUUUUGUGUAUUUGCCUUCUUAAAUUUUUUUUUUAGAACCGUCUUGGUGACGGUGAUCAGUCCUCUGCCUUCAGAUGAGCUUGUGAUUCACAUCCUAAUGGAGUCUAUUUGUGUCACAUUUUUUUUAAUAUAUAUAUAUAUGUUGAUUAUGUCGUGUGUACUCUACAGCCUCUUAUGUAAAUGUGUCCCUCAAAAGUGCUGGCUUUCUCCCUCAACACUUCAUAUGCCGUGAAUCGUGAUAAUGUACUAAUUUCUGCCACCCUCCUUCCCUUUUAACUACACAAAUCUUUGAAAAAUGAAAUGACCCCCCCCAAAAAAAUAGCUUCUAUAGUGUCUGCAGAUCAGGGUCCAGGAGUGGAGAUUGGUAAAUUUCAAGUUGCAGUAGUCAAAUUUAUUAAUCUAGACCAAUGAGUUAGUUCAGUAAUUUGAGCCCAAAGCACAACAGGACAAAUCUGUGAUCACUGUUGAUGUGGGAAGGAAAGUCACGAGAGCAUUUUGAAUUUUCAUGUUUCAACUUUAGUUCAGUAGAAUGAUUAUGGUUUGAGAAAAUACUGUGACAUCUGGAACUGAUUUCAUAAGUUGAAAAGCCAUAGAAUAAUCUCUAAAUACAUUGUUGACAUAUUGACCAUGUGACAGUGAAAUUUUAAUGAAAAUUGGAGUGUGAAUUAUAUCACGGGUAUCUUUAGCAUUAUUUAAAGGUUACAGUUUGGCUUGCUAAUACAUGGAAGCAAACUGUGUUUCUUUACUCUUUUCAUUCUUUCCAUCUUUCUAUUUCAGACACAUGAAAACAAUUGGUAGUUUGGUGUAACCGCAGUCCCGUGACGUCAAUAUUGACCCAGCGCCCCACAAUGAGACUCCAGUCGUCAAACCAGUCGUUUGACUGCAUGUGGACUCUCCACCCUCCUUGUCUCUUCUCUCCACACUGAGAGACUCGAUUGUUUACAACAAAAAAUCAGUCCCUUUAUCCAGUGACCGCGGCUACACUGACAGGUGAACAGGCUGAAACCAAAGAUGACCGAAAUGGAAAGCUGUGAUGAUGGAAAGAAAAAAAAAUGUGUGUAUACAGUACACUCCAUAUAUUUUUCUUCAAACACUAUAAAGAAAACUUCCUUUUAUCUUCAUGUUAUUGUGGUAUCAGGCUGCAGAAGUGAAUGGACGAGGUCUGAGAGUGGUUGCCUGUGAGUUUUUUCAUUUUCAUGUGAAUUCGUAUUCAGCUCAUAUGGCCUCAGCAACACAUGCAAUACUAGUAUUUCAACACUUGGGCACCAAUACAAUAGUAUCUUUAUCUCAAGACUAAAUAUGCAUGGCAAACAACCUAUAUGUAAGGGAAUGGGAAUAUACUGAGCACAUUCAUAUGAUUCAUAUCAGUGCUCACCUAGACAAUUUGAAGCAUGCUGAAGUGUCUAUUUGUGAACCAGAAACUCUUGUUGACUUUUUAUGUUAAUUUCCAUUUGCUGUGUGGAGUUCCCCUGCUGUUGUGAGAAAUUAGAGGAUAAGAAAAGGGCAUUUGUGUACACAGGAAGCUUUUGUUUCCACAGUCACGAUGACGAGUUUCCGUCGUUUACUGUGUAACACUUGACCUAAUGGUUAUUUUGUUUUAAAGGUUUGUUAUGUUUAAUUUGAUUUGACUCCAUUUUGAUGUGGCUAAGCUCAGCAACAAUAGAAAGCAGUUAUCACAGGGUAGUACUGAAGCAACCAAGGGCAAAGUGACUUUGUGAGUCAUUUCUGCGCUCUUUAUGAAUUCUGCACAGUCCAGAGUGGCCUUAAAUUCAUUAAUAAACUGAUUAUUCAAAAGAAA